ACAUCCCAUUGCAAAAUGGGAGCAUUCUUGCCGCGCAUCCCCUUCACGGAUUGGAAAUUGGAAGGCAGUCGAGCAGGAACGAUCAUGGGGAGAGCACGUGUCCUUUGCCAGGAUGCAGGCGACUCGGCAGCCUCGUACGUCGACUCGCACGACCGUACAACCACGAGCACCAUUCGAGUGACAGACGUCGUUGCCAUCAUCGAGGGGGAGUCGUCGUCGUGUUGUAACCUGAACGAGACUGGUGACAGUAAGGAAACAACGCUAUCCAUUCGUACAGCCAGUGGAGCGCCCACGAAUGCCAGACACGUCAGCGCACUUUGCCGGCCUGUCACGAUGAUGUUUGCUGUGCUCGUGUUCCUUUGCGCAGCCAGCAACGCUGAGGUGUUCACGAACACGUUUCUCGUGAAGAUGCGGGAACCUGCCGAGAGACAUGUCGCGGAUCUUGUGGCCAGCAGGAACGGGUUCGUCAAUCUUGGACCGGUCCUGAGAAGUCAGACCGAGUAUCAUUUCGUGCACAGAGCUUUGCCGCACGCGCGAAGUAAAAGGUCCGUUCCGCAUACGAGAAGGUUGAAGGUCGAUCCUUUGGUGCACACGGUUGUGCAGCAGGCUGGUUUCAAGAGGGUGAAAAGGGGUUACAAGCCACUGAGCGUGGAUAAUCUCGUCCCACUUUACCAAAUUAAAAAUCCCGCGAAUCCAGGAAACAGGGACCCCACGGAUCCGUAUUUCCAGUAUCAAUGGUAUUUGAAGAACACUGGCCAGAACGGAGGAAAACCGAAAUUGGAUUUGAACGUGAAGGCAGCUUGGGCUCAAGGGGUCACGGGGAAGAAUGUCACCACCGCCAUCAUGGACGACGGUGUCGACUACAUACACCGUGAUCUCAAGUACAACUACAACGCCCAGGCUUCCUACGAUUUCAGCAGCAACGACCCUUACCCGUACCCACGGUACACCGACGACUGGUUUAAUAGCCAUGGUACUAGAUGCGCAGGCGAGGUGGCUGCAGCGCGAGACAAUGGCGUGUGCGGGGUUGGAGUCGCUUACGACUCGAAAGUCGCAGGGAUCAGAAUGUUGGAUCAGCCUUACAUGACGGAUCUGAUCGAGGCGAAUAGCAUGGGACACGAACCUGACCUGAUCGACAUUUAUAGCGCCUCCUGGGGACCCACGGACGACGGGAAGACCGUCGAUGGACCACGAAACGCGACGAUGAGGGCUAUCGUGCGCGGAGUUAACGAGGGCCGACGAGGGCUAGGUAACAUCUAUGUGUGGGCGUCAGGGGAUGGCGGGGGGGAGGACGAUUGUAAUUGCGACGGCUACGCAGCCAGCAUGUGGACCGUCAGCAUUAACAGCGCCAUCAACGACGGGCAAAACGCUCAUUACGACGAGAGCUGCUCGAGCACCCUAGCCUCGACGUUCAGCAACGGGGCCAAAGACCCUAACAUAGGAGUGGCUACCACUGAUCUGUAUGGCAAGUGCACGAGAACCCACAGCGGGACGUCAGCUGCUGCUCCAGAAGCCGCAGGAGUGUUUGCCCUCGCCCUGGAAGCUAAUCCUCAGUUGACCUGGCGCGAUAUUCAACAUCUUACCGUGCUGACGUCGAAGAGGAACUCCCUGUUCGACGCCAAAGGAAGAUUUCACUGGACAAUGAACGGGGUUGGUUUGGAAUUCAACCACCUCUUCGGUUACGGCGUGCUGGACGCUGGAGCGAUGGUUGCUUUGGCGAAAAAAUGGAAAACUGUCCCCCCACGGUAUCACUGUGAAGCUGGCUCGGUCCUCGAGAUGCAGGAAUUGACGAACGACCGAUCGAUCCUCUUGAAAAUAAAGACUGAUGCUUGCGCUGGCACCGAGUACGCUGUCAACUACUUGGAACACGUGCAGGCCGUCAUUUCCGUGAACGCCACGCGUCGGGGUGACCUGGAGUUGUUCCUAACUUCUCCCAUGGGGACAAGGUCUAUGAUCCUGAGCCGAAGGGUGAACGACGACGACCAGAGGGACGGCUUCACGAAAUGGCCUUUCAUGACGACUCACACCUGGGGAGAAUAUCCUCAGGGAACCUGGUUGCUGGAGGUGAGCUUCAAUACUCAGACUCCACAGCAAGGAUGGUUCCGAGAGUGGACUCUGAUGCUUCACGGCACCAGAGAGCCACCAUACACCGGACUUCCUGCGGCUGAUCCCCACUCUAAACUGGCGAUCGUCAAGAAGGCUCACGAGGAACGAUCCGCUGCGAUGUAAAUACCCACCCCGAAAACAUCCAGCAAUGUUCAUAUCGAAUGAUGUUUGACGACUAGUCUUAUCGUUUAAACGACAUUUAUACAGGCGAGAAAUUUCGAACGCAACGCGCCCUGUUUCCCUGAUUUCUUGUCAGACAGCUUCGCGUUCACGAUCUUGAUAUCCCAUCCGGUUACGUUUCAAUCUUUCAACACAAUCAACUGCGUUUCUGUCAAGACCCUGUGAUAUAUUUGAAUAGUUUAUCGGCUUGUAGUUGUUGUUUUCGUGUAGAUAGUAUUAUUAUUGGUGGACGUUGACUUCGAGUAGAAAGAAGAUUCUUUAGACGAUACGAAACUAUUUAUUUUAUUUAUUCGUUGACUUUAGCUACCGUAUUAUAGCAAAAUGUAUGUGCAAUAGAAGUUGCGUUAUGACAAGCUGAAAGGCCGAGGUUUAGCGAUGUCUCACGAUCUCUACCCUAGAGUUGUCUUUGUCUAUUCGAGUACGUAUGUGUCAACAAUAUAAUCGACGUUCUUCAGUGUUUCUUUUUUUUUUUUGUGAAUGGAUAUCUAGCCAGAGUCGACGUCCGAAGUUAUAUUUGUUAUUAAUUUUCUGAACGAACACUCUGCGUAAAUACCAGUUUGACCACUGGAGACAGAUUGACGAUGGUAAUGCGUGUCGAGACGGCAGACUGAUGUAAUAGAGAAGCCGAAAGUCCUAGGUUUAGAGAAUCGAACCAAGGGCUUCGUUUGGUAACGAAGAUAUCCCUGAGUCGCCCUCCCAACUCGGUUAGUUGGUCUACCUUGAACCAAUCAAAAAAAGAGAGAGUUUAUCAUUGCGACUUGUUAGCAAUUGUCGAGUUGGGAGGGGAACCCAAACCGGCGAAGAAGAAUAGUGUCGAUUCGUGCGUGCCAACGAACCACGGAGAAUGAUUUUGAGUGAUAUAUAUCUAUCGUAGACUAUUAGGUAUUCGACUAUAUAUUAAUAAUUAUAUGCAUCUAUAUACCUUGCUUCGUAGAAACAGAAAUAGGGAAGACAGUCUUUGUCGCGGGGGUGCUCUACUCCUUGAAUAGGUUCGGAACACGCAAAUUUUCGUACUUUUGGAUCUCCAGUUUUUUGUAUGUAUUGGGCCAUGGAACUCCACUCGUGCUGUUAGCCAUUGAGUAUUUAUUGUUAACAGUCGAAACCUCUGCUCUUUGAUGGUAGCUUCCUCGCGAUUGAUAAGAGGUGCUCAAUGGCUAAAAGCAUUUUUUUAUAUCGACGACCUUCGGAACUAUUCUUAUCGUCGCUUAAUCAUUGUCGUAGCAGGCGUUUUCAGGGCCAAUAAAGUUUCAUCUAUUACCGUAAACAUUGGACGUUUUUGUCUUCGAGCACUCGUCUCGAGUACAACCAUAAUUACGCCUAAUCUUCUCACACCGAACUGACAUAUCUACGCGUCUCGGGUCCUCCACGUUACGCACAAUGUAUUUCUGAUGAUAACGAUUUUUUACAAAAUUCGCCGACGAUAUACCGUAUCAGUAGCAGCCAGGUCGAUGAUCACGACGACACCGUCAACGUUUCUAGAGAAAUGACGAAUCCUGCUCGACGUUGGCACGCAUGGAUCGAUUCGAUUUCGACGACACGCAAUCAAUUAGCUUCUUGAUCAAAUAAAAUUUGGCGUCUGAUGUAUGCACGCUUCAGAAGCAAACAAAAAGAAUAUACGUGUACACUUUUUAAUAACAUUCUCUUAGAGGCGUAGUUUUUAUGUACAAAAAAAAAACAGAACGUAGAACGAAGUAUACGUUUAAUUAGAGAUGGAAGUAACGUAAACACGAGCAUUUCACUAUACUGGCUGACUGCUCGACUUUAUAGCUGGUUUCCACUGGGUUCUGAAAUUAGAGUGAGAACGAGAAUAAAAAUUGCUUUAUAACGUUGUGCUUGUAACCUCUUGUUGUUUGAAAUUGAACGAAAAUUUAUACGUUAAAAAUCUAUAUAGAAGAGAUUUAAAAUAUGGGAAUGUUAAAAUACACGAUGAAUUAUAUUUCGUGACUUUCGAGAGUCUCGGGACGUCCAUCAGUAUUAGGCGAUCGGCUGACGAUUGAUCGUCAUGGCCAAUGAAACUGAGUACUCUUAACGACCAAAAGACACAUAAGAUUAUUUCGGAUUUAUAGUAUAGCGUACCAGUCAGAGAUGGGCAAAUUUCUUACCUAUUAUUCGUCGAUUAAAUCCUUAGACAAUAGAAGAAGAGAUAAUGGUCCUUGGAGCAACGAACACAAACCUAUCAGUAUUUAUAGAAUACGAAUUCUCAGCUUAAACAUCAGAAGAAAUUUGAGGAAAAGGAGUGAAACAUACAAACAUUAUGAUUUACGAAUGAAAUAUUCAAUAGCAGUUAUUGACAGAUCUUCAUUAUCUUCAAUGGUACGACCAAGAAACAAGUGUUCGAAAAAUGUCCAUAAGUAUCCAGAACCUUUGAUACAGUCCGAACUAUAAAAACCUUGCUUCCAUAACUAUCGAAUGGACUAAGUAUUUAGAAUAAAUCGCCCUAAUUUGGAUUUUAUUUGAACAAAAUAUUGCCCAUCUCUGGUACCAGCUGAAGGCACGACUGGUGGGACUGGGAUCGCGCGUGUGAUCCAUUUUAAGGAUCGUUACCGCGAGGUUGGGCUCCCAGUUUCGCAGGAGAGCCUUCCACGGGACACGUAUCACAUAUUUACACGAUCUCUGUGUGUGUGCUAACAAAAGAAACCCUCCCGAUCCCUACUCUUCUCGAGGAACAAUCCCGCGCGUAGAACGAGACUAAAAUCAAGCUGGAAGGGAACUGGUCGCGACACCAUCGAGCAAUGCGUUCUGGCCAUAUCGUACCGAUCGUAUGUCGUAGUUUUGAGACGAUUUUGGUCUGAGCUCGCCGCGCUGCAAACGAAAUUCACGAUUUUGUUCGAAUCUCAAACGGACGAUGAGGGACGCGUAGUGUCCAGGAGGAAGUGAUUAAGAAUGCAUGGAGAGAGCGAAAGAGACAGAGAGAGAGAGAGUGUGUGUGAGAAAAGUAUGAAGGAGCAGAAAACAUAGUGUAAGAUGAAAAGAGAUAAAUAAAUUGAACAGAAAAAGACGUGUAGAUAACUCUAGAUACAUAGCAGUCAGAGAGUCCGAAAAUGUAUAAAUAAACAUCAAGGACGAAAAGAACAAAUGAAUACAUAUUAUAUAUAAAUACAGAAAAAAAAAAUAUAUAUAUAUACAUAUAUAUCUAUAUACAUAGUCGAAGUGAAUUUAAUCAACCUUAUUCUGUACGCGAUGUACGUGGAUGAAUAAAAUCUUUAUUUUUUUGGCCUG